AUGCAAGCGCUGAGUUCCAACGAACUGGUCAAAACUCUACGCGAUCAGCUCGCGCUUACGAGCAAAAGCGAGGAGCAGCUCAAACUGCAGACCAAGCAGCUCAUGGAACAGAACCAAACUCUGCAAGCAGAUCUGCUGGAGAAGAUCGCCUCGGAGACGAGCAAGUUCCAGAAGAUGGCGAAGCUGUCCGCGGAGAAUGAAUCGCUGGUGGAGGAGCUUGAGCGUAAGGAGAAUGCCAUCGGUGAGCGAGAGCUUGAGGAGCGGCUACGUAUGCGAGGCUUGAUCAUCCACGGUCUGCUGCGUACGAAAUCCCGAGACAUGCUUCACUCGGCCUUGUUCCAAUGGUCUGGUGCAGCUCGGGGCAUCACAACAGCUCGCUCUCGAGCACUGGCGUUGUUG